CAGGCGCAUUUGGGGCCAGCAGCCGCGGCGUCUGGUACGUUACCUCAGGCAGUGGGGCUCCGUGCGCCAGACGCUCGUUAGGGGGCAGCUCUUCCGCUGCGCGUUCGCAAUGGCGGAGGCAAUGGAUUUGGGCAAAGACCCCAAUGGGCCUACCCAUUCGUCGACUCUUUUCCUGAGGGAGGAUGGCAGCUCCAUGUCCUUCUACGUGCGUCCCAGUCCGGCGAAGCGCCGGCUCUCGACGCUCAUCCUGCACGGCGGCGGCACCCUGUGCCGGGUGCAGGAGCCGGGGGCCGUGCUGCUGGCCCAGCCCGGGGAGGCGGCGGCCGAGGCCUCGGGCGACUUCAUCUCCACGCAGUACAUCCUGGACUGCGUGGAGCGCAACGAGAAGCUCGAGCUGGAGGCCUACCGGCUGGGCCCGGCUCCGGCGGACGACCAGGCCCCAGAGACGAAGCCCGGGGGGCAGGCCGGAGGCGGCGCCGCCGCCGCGGAGUCCGAGCCGCAGCCGCACGCGGGGCGGAUCGGCUUCACGGACGCGGACGACGUGGCCAUCUUGACCUACGUGAAGGAACAUGCCCGCUCGCCCAGCUCGGUCACCGGCAAUGCCUUGUGGAAAGCGAUGGAGAAGAGCUCGCUCACCCAGCAUUCGUGGCAGUCCCUGAAGGACCGCUACCUCAAGCGCCUACGGGGCCAGGAGCAUAAGUACCUGCUGGGGGAGGCCCCCGUGAGCCCUUCCUCGCAGAAACUCAAGCGGAAAGCUGAGCAAGACCCCGAGGCUGCUGAUAGCGGGGAACCACAGAAUAAGAGGACUCCAGACUUGCCUGAGGAAGAAUUUGUGAAGGAAGAGAUUAAAGAGAAUGAAGAAGCGGUCAAAAAGAUGCUUGUAGAAGCUACCCGGGAGUUUGAGGAGAUUGUGGUGGACGAGAGCCCUGAUUUUGAAAUACACAUAACAAUGUGUGAUGAUGAUCCACCCACACCUGAGGAAGACUCAGAAACACAGCCUGAUGAGGAGGAAGAAGAAGAAGAAGAAAAAGUUUCUGCACCAGAGGUGGGAGCUGCCAUUAAGAUCAUCCGGCAGUUAAUGGAAAAGUUUAACUUGGAUCUGUCAACAGUUACACAGGCCUUCCUAAAAAAUAGUGGUGAGCUGGAGGCUACUUCCUCCUUUUUAGAGUCUGGGCAGAGGGCUGAUGGAUAUCCCAUUUGGUCCCGACAGGAUGACUUAGAUUUGCAAAAAGAUGACGAGGGUACCCGAGAUGCAUUGGUCAAAAAAUUUGGUGCUCAGAAUGUAGCUCGGAGGAUUGAAUUUCGAAAGAAAUAAUUGGCAAGAUAAUGAGAGAAGAAGAAAGAUUUGAUGGAUAAGGUGUUAAAAUUUGUGACUGUUGAACUUCAGAGAUUUUUACAUUGGAGCCGACACUUAUCUUUUGACCAAUGCUGCUGUUGCUCUAUGAGUCCUAGAUUUUGUAGCCAAGUAGAGUUGCGUAGGAGGAUAAAAAUAAAAGAAAUUAGAUUUAUUUAGAACUGUUCCUGGCAGUGUGUUUAUGAAAGGAAAACCAGAGAGAGGUUGGUCUACGUAGUAGUAAUCCUUUUCUGGAAUGAAAUCCCUGCUAUCUAUAUUGGUGGCAGGAGCUAGUGACAGUCAGAGGAGGAAAAUCCGAUGGGUCUUUUCAGACAGUGAAUAAAGAGCCUUAUGUCCUUUGGCAGAAGCUCCUCUAGAUGGUUACAGAAUCCAGAUCAAUCUGGAAAUGUGAACGGAGUUCUCUUGUGGUGCAGUGGCUGAAGGAUCCGGUGUUGUCACUGUAGUGGCUUGGGUCCCAGCUGUGACAUGAAUUUGAUACCUGGCCUGGGAACUUCCACAUACUGUGGGUGUGCCCCCCCAAAGCUAGAAAUGUGGAGUGAUUUAAUCACAAGGCCUUGAACAUGGACUGUCCCAAAACCUUGCAUUCCCCGGUGAGCUCUGAUUUCUAUAGACUCCUUUGAAAAUCCCAUAUUCCUUUUGCCAUGUUAAUAUUUGGUGAUCCUGUUCCUUGGCUGUUCUUUUCUUUGAGUCUGUGUCAGUUCAGUCUCUAGCAUGUGUUUCUUUACCUAUUGUCCUGUUCUGUUUAAAACAUACACAAAAACUCUAUAGAGUCUCGAGAAAAGUCUUACUUGGUUACCAGUUAUGUGAUUUUAUUUAUUGAGGAUAGUUGUGUGCUAAGAACUGUGUUAGAUUUAAAAAUUAGAGGAUUAAUUCCUCUUUGUUGUGUUGCUUUCAUUAUUAAAAAUAAAUAGAACUUUGUAUAUGA